AUUUCCCCUUUUUCUUUCUUGGGGGAUCCCUUCGAUUGUUUUCGCUUUCAGAUUUCGGCUUUAUAUUUGGUUUUGGGUUUGAGGUGCCCUUGGACUCAUGGAGACUGAAGCAAAGCACAACUGAGCUGCAGUGACCCCAGUCAGAAAUGCGAGAGUAGUCCGAACAGUGAAGUGGGUUUUGUUUGUUUAGUUCACCUUGAAGCUCAGAGGCUGCCUUUUCAUGGGUUCCGAACAGAACAGGUUUCCUCAGCCGGAACGGAGAAAGAGAUGGGGAGGAUGUUUGGGUGCAUUCUCUUGUUUUGGUACACAGAAAGGUGGAAAGCGUAUAGUCCCUGCAUCUCGUAUACCUGAUGGCAAUGCAUCAGCAAUCCAGCCAAAUGGACCCCAAGCAGCUGGGUUGGCAAACCAAGCCACAGGAUUAGCUCCAUCUCUACUAGCACCUCCUUCUUCACCGGCAUCAUUUACAAAUUCUGCCCUGCCUUCAACAGCUCAGUCACCGAGUUGCUACUUGUCAUUAGCUGCAAACUCACCUGGAGGUCCCUCUAACAGAAUGUUUGCAACUGGGCCAUAUGCCAAUGAAACACAAUUGGUCUCUCCUCCCGUUUUCUCAACCUUCACAACUGAGCCAUCCACAGCUCCUCUUACUCCCCCACCAGAAUUGGCGCAUCUAACUACUCCCUCUUCCCCAGAUGUGCCAUUUGCCCGUUUCCUCUCAUCUUCAGCGGAUAUUAAAAGCACUGAGAAGACCAAUUACGCUGCAAAUGAUCUUCAAGCAACAUAUUCGUUGUAUCCUGGGAGUCCUGCUAGUCUCAGAUCUCCAAUUUCAAGGGCAUCGAAUGACUGUUCAUCAUCUUUUCCGGAACGUGAUUUCCCCUCACAGUGGGAUCCCUCAGUUUCUCCUCAAAAUGGAAGCUAUCCAAGGAGUGGUUCUGGCAGGUUGUAUGGGCAUGACACAACUGGACCAUCUGUGGCAUCUCAGGACUCAAAUUUCUUCUGCCCUGCAACAUUUGCACAGUUUUAUCUGGAUAAUCCACCAUUCCCUCAUACUGGAGGAAGAUUAAGUGUUUCCAAGGAUUCAGAUGCUUACUCAACUAGUGGAAAUGGUAAUGGAAGUCAGAACAGGCACAAUAGAAGCCCUAAGCAAGAUGUGGAAGAAUUAGAAGCCUAUAGAGCAUCCUUUGGGUUCAGUGCUGAUGAAAUUAUUACAACCACCCAUUAUGUUGAGAUUACUGAUGUCAUGGAUGAUUCAUUUACCAUCGGCUCUCAUAAAUCUCCCCCAGAGGAGUGCACAGAGCCUAAAUCUGCUGUUGCAGGACACUCUGACUUGCCGGUGUUGACUAAUGGAUAUGAAGAUAACAAGUCCCGAAGACAGCCUUGUGAUGUCUCUCGAUCAAGUACGCCUGGUAUCCAUACCGUGACCAAUGAAGAAGACAUAUUCUCAAAGAUGGGGUCGUCUAAAUCGAGCAGAAGGUAUCCGAUGGGGCAAUCUUGCUCGGAUGCAGAAAUCGACUACAGAAGAGGAAGAAGCUUACGAGAGGGCAAAGGGAAUUUCACAUGGCAUGACAAAGAAUAAGCAGCAAACCGGAUUGUUAGUUAUCUGGCAAACGUGUUAUGCGCUUUUGUCUUUAUGCUUUCGUUUGGGCUUCUGUGAUUGGUGGAAUUUAUCUAACCUAUGAUCUAACCUGGUCUUUCUCUCUGCUGUUGGACUUGCUGUGUCUGAUUGAUGAAUGUAUGUGAAUGCAUCAAUUGAUAUAUAUAUAUAUGUAUUUGGUGAAAUGCGGUUAGAUAAAUGUAUUAGUGGAACCUGGGUUUAGCUUGUA